AUGUCACUUACCACCAUCCCCGCCCGCCACGGAAUCGCAACUCCCCUUCCCAAAGGCUCGACCAUAAAAGUGAUCAACACGCGCGGUACCCAAGUAGUCGACACCUGGGCCUUCACUCUAUCCUCAUUCCCCCCCUCGCCCGCCUCCACGAUCGAGACGCAGAUGUCCAACCAGCACACGCGCGCCUGCCUCAACAGCACGAUUCCGAAAGUGGGAGAUGGGCUGUUCAACAAUAAGCGGGAGAGGCUGUUGACGCUGGUUGAGGAUACGACGGCGGGGAUUCACGAUACGCUGAUUGCGGCUUGUGAUGAGGAGAGGUAUCUUGAGCUUGCUGGGGAGAAGGGGCGCGGGCAUAGGAACUGUGCGGACAACUUGGUGGAAGGGUUGGCUGUGCUGGGUAUCAAAGCACCGCAGUUCACACCUUCACCGCUGAAUCUCUUCAUGAAUAUCCCCGUUCACGAUGAUCAUACGACAUUGUCUUUCGAAGCCCCCACGAGUAAGGAGGGACAGUAUGUGUGCUUGAAGGCAGAGGUGGAUCUCGUGAUAGCUUUCAGUGCUUGUCCACAGGAUAUAUUGAAAAUCAACUGCGGGGAGCCUGUGGAUGCACAUUUCCAAAUCCUGUGA